AUGACGCGUUAUUUGACUCCCUGGAGAGUCUCUUUGUUGUGUCUGGUCACACUCUACACUCAAGGCGUCGUGCCCAAUUCUUCUGCUAUUGACGUCCUCUCGUUCAUCACAGCGGGUCUGUUCCCACUAGAUGCCGCCGAUAAGCAAUGGGAGGAGCAUUACUUGCCGACAAUUUCAGCGCUUGAAGAAUGCCUGUCUCGCCAUGAAUCCUCUGUUCCUGGGCGUACGCUCUGGGACUUGUUUCUGAAGAACCUCUGGUCCAUCGACUCGCUGGAUGCGCUGGAAACUUUCUUCGGCGAGGUUAUCCCGUCGCUGCUGGCUAAAUCACGCGAGGAUUUGAUCUAUGACCGGGAUAAUGGGAUUGCACCAGUGGCGGAUGAUCGCAUGCGCCUGUCCAGGAGUUCGCCGCUUGGCGCGUUCGUACGGAGAGCCUAUCUUGAAUAUACGCGGCUACAGUUUCACGACUCCGUGAAGCUCUGGGCGGGAUUUGUCAAAUACCGUCUACCCACUUACAGCUACUGGAGUCGCAGACAUCGCGAAGCUGAGGAAAUUGCCGUUGAUGUUAACCUACGCGACCUGGGAUUGGAUUCAACCAGCCACCUUUCACAAGUGGUGUAUGGUAACAUUGAAGAUGAUGAGAAUGGGGAAGGGGAGGUUAGCGUCAAGGAUGCCGAGCGACUGAUCGAGUUCCAAGUCAGUGAACUGCAAAGGAUGGGAGGCAGAGUUCCGGAUGGAAUGAGGGCUCAGCUGAAACGCAUCAUGACCUCAGAGGCUUCAGUUCCAGUGAUGAUGUAUUACCUGGAAUAUCUCGACGCCUGGAGGGCUGGAGACUAUACCUCAGCCUUUGACAAUCUCCACCGCUACUUCGACUACACCAUGCACGCGAAUCUCGACCGAAGUGCAUAUCAAUUUGCGCUUCUGAACCUAGCUAUCAUGCAAGCGGAUUUUGAGUGUUUCAGUGAAGCUAUCUCAGCCGUGCAAGAGGCUGUGGCAAUUGCUCGCGAGUCUCACGAUAUGAACUGCCUGAACUUCUGCAUGAGCUGGCUGUAUCACUUCGGCAAAGCUUUCCCAGAGCAGAUGCGGGAAGUUCAAAACAGUGGUAUGCUGGGUAACGAAAAAGAGGGCCUCGCUUUCCUCAAGGCCAAGUCCAAGGAGACUGACAUGUGGUCACUCAUGAGUACCACAUUACUUAGCGAAGCCAAGUUGGAGAUGCAGCAAGGGGAGAGUCUUGCAUCAAUUGUCGAAUCCUUCGUGCGAGCAUCCCACGUCAAUGUGACAAAGGGCGUUACGACUCCCACAGGUGCAUACAUGCUGCUGCAGGGCUCCAUGUACGCCAGGAUAGGAGCCACUCACCUUGCUUGGCUGAAUACCGAGAUAUUCCGCGAGUGCUAUUCGGAGGGCCAACCUCAUGACGACUUUGUCAAGAUCACAUUCCGAAAUUGCCAAAUAUUGGCACAGAAGGGAAAUUACAAGGAGGCACAUACGCGGAUGAAUAAGAUCGACCCAGAGAAGCUCCGAUCUUUCAGAUAUAACAAUGCCUGGACUUAUUUUUCAGGACUACUGCAAUUGCGACGACAAAUCUGUCGCGACGACAAGGUGGCCGUCGAACACAUUCUAUCCCAACUCCAAGCAGUACAACUCCGAGACUUCGACAUGCGCAUGCUUCUAGCCUUCUAUUCAAUAGAAUUCACCAUGCGCCAAGGCGAUUACGGUCGCGCCCUGAGAAUGGUCGAGCAAGCCGCGCACUCCAUGCAACCAGAAAACUUCGACAUCCACUCCCAAAUCAAACUCCUCUGUCUAAAAGCACAAAUCCUCGGCAAAUCCGGCCAACCGCAACGCGGCUUCUCCCUCGCCAUGCGCGCAGCCAGCAUCGCGCAUCGCUCAAAAGUCCUCGUCGACCUCUGGGAAGCCAUCUGCGCAUUAGCCACGGUGUUACUGAGUCUCCGCGAAUUCGAAGCCACGGGCGAAUUAGUCGAGAGCAUCAUGCCCCAGGUCCUGGAGUCAGAAAAUUACAGCCUCAUCGCGCAGGCGUAUUCACUUCUCGUGGACGCAAAUAUGGGUAUGGCGGGUGAGUUGUGGAGCUUGCAGGGCCGGGACUCGACAUCUGCGAGAAAAGAGUACAUUAACCGUGCUCUUGGGUAUAUUGAUUCGGCGUAUGAUCAUUUCGAGGAAAUCGAAGAUAUCAAGGGCCAGACGGAGAUGAUGGCUAAGAAGGCUACUGUUAUGCAUCUUACGGGCGAUCCGGUAUUGGCCAAUGAUUAUGCUGCCAAGUAUUUGGAUCUGCGGAGACUACGAACUGAAACAUGA